GUCAAACUCACAUGUAAAGGUUGUUUACGUUUUUCAAAGAAUUUUAUUUCAUUUACCACAAUAAAAUGAGUUUUAGACAAUAUAAGGAUAAAAUAGAUGAAGGCGAUGUAGUUAUACUGUAUUUAAGUAAUAAUCUCCACGCAAUCGAAGUCAAGCCAGAAAUAAAAAAUAAAAAAGGUGAAAUGGUUGAGAAUGUUUACCAAACAACUUUUGGUGCUUUAAAAGUUAGAAACUUAAUAGGAUCUGAAUACGGGAGUAGAGUUGAACUAUCAAAAGGUUGGGGGCAUGUGUUGCAACCGACUCCAGAAUUGUGGUCACUAACACUUCCACAUCGGACACAAAUCAUAUACACGCCUGAUAUUAGUAUGAUAUUGCUACAACUUGAUUUAGUUCCUGGAAGUGUCGUCAUUGAAGCUGGUACUGGUAGUGGCUCUUUAACUCAUGCCUUGAUCCGUCGUAUACGGCCUAAUGGCCAUGUGUACACGUUUGACUUCCACGACCACAGAGCAAAAAUUGCUAUAGAAGAAUUUGAGUCACAUGGAUUAUCAGAUUUUGUUUCAGUGCGACACAGGGAUGUACUGGCAGAGGGCUUUGGAGACGACCUCAAAGGAGAGACUGAUGCAGUUUUUUUGGACCUACCAAGCCCUUGGUCUGGUGUUCCUCAUGCUGUUACUGCUAUAAAAAGUGAUGGAGGACGUUUCUGUUCAUUUUCUCCAUGCAUAGAACAAGUCCAACGCACGUGUUUGGCGCUAGAAAACCAUGGCUUUCAAGACAUCAGUACGAUGGAGGUGCUGCAAACGGAAAUCAAAGUCAGUAGGAGAACUGUUCCUGUGCGAGAUAUCUCAUUUCUGAAACAUAAGAGUUCAGAUAAUCCAGUCGACGAAAAGCCGACCAGUGAGAAGAGCUACGUAGUGGGCACGUGGCCGACUAGCACGCCGGGACACACGGGCUACCUCACUGUUGCUACUUUACCGCCCACUUUCAUACGAAAGAAAUCAAAUCAGUUUCAAGAGAAUUCUAGCGAAGUGAAAGCUACAAAUAAUGGAGAGAAAGCAAACCCUUCUGAAGACGUAGAAGAAAUGGUUAUAGACGAAAACAAACAAUGAUUUUCUAAUGUUAUAACAAUAAAUAAGCAAAUAAU